AUGAAAUUUGGAGAGGCGCUUCCCCAGCGUUCCGUACCGGAAUGGCUCCCUUAUAACCUUGAUUAUAGCGAAAUCAAGCAACUAAUAAAACGAUACACCACCGGAAAACCCCUUGUACAGGUACCGGAGCUGAAAACGGGGUUUGAAGAUGAGUUCUUUGAGAUUUUCAUGGACCAGUUGGGAAGGAUCGAUCUAUUUGUUAAAAGCAAAGCUGGUGAAAUCGAUCGCCGUAUAGUUCGCUGCAAUAAACAAGUUGCACCACUUCGUAGACGGGACCCAACAGACGGAUUUACGUCUCGAAAAGCGAGUCGUUACGCAAAAGUUGAGCAAGAGGUUGAACGUGUGAGCUACGAAAUCCAAAGUUUAUCCCGCUUCGUGAAUGUACAGCAUACCGGCUUCAUCAAGCUUUUAAAGAAAUAUAAGAAAUGGACUGGUUCAUCACACCUCACGACUCGUUUUCUCCCCAUCCUGGAGUCGCCCACUUCCUUUCACAAGAUUGAUUUUGAAAAAAACGUGUUGGAUCUCUCGGAUCUAUUGAUUGUUGUACGGAGUGGAUUCGAUUCUUUCAAACUCGCGGCCCUGACUGGGCAGUAUAAUCGUUCCCCCAAAGAGACCACAUUUAAAGACAGCCAAUCUUGUGACAACGGCAACUCUCACACAAUAACAUCUGAAAGCCAAGCUUAUAUUGAUACUGUCUUGGCCAUGUCAGCUUCGAGUGGUGGUAACGGCGGAAAGGCGACAUUCUGGGUUCACUACGACCAUCUUAUCGAGGUUCAAGUGCUUCUAAUGAAAUAUUUGACACUGCAGACAACAUCGCCGUCUUCUAGCAUCCCAUCAACGCCGCUGGCACACAGAGACUCGUGGCUUGGGCCUGUCGGGAAGGACGAUGAGGUUGGUGUGGUAGUUUUGGAUGAUUUGGAUAGCUUUUCUGAUGUACAAAGCACCGCCACUAUCGCCGAAGUCAACAAGGCUGGGCUGCGAACUGCAGGACAGAUUAGAUGGUGUUCCAGAGAUUCGGAAGCUGUUGUCGUAGUUUCAGAUGCUUCCUCUACAAUACUAAAUGGCAAUGAUGCCCAUUCUGGAGAGACACUAGAAGUCAAAAUGAAACGAAAGCACGUCCAAGGGUUACUUGAAAUGGUGUCGCCCGGGUCCGAUUCAUAUUUUGAGUUGGCGGACGCCGGAGAGGCGCCCAAAUUGAAAGAAAUCAAGGGGUGGUUUGCCAGACACAAAAAUGUUGCGCCUUUAGUCAAAAUUUUGACGAAGCGUACAAGAUUUGCAGACACUCCGGACGGUAGUCCAGUCUGGGCUCUCCUUGACUGGGAUAUCAGAAUGUUCAAAAUCACAAAGGGCAUGCAGUGGAUGAACGAUCCAGGAGUAGAUGAUCUAGGAAGGGGCUUAAGAAACGGGACUACAAUGAAAUUUCCGCAUGCAGUGCUUGAAGUGCAGUGGGAAGGGGAGGAGAUGCCAGGGCUUGUGAGGGAACUUGAGACCAGCCAUAUGGUUGAAAACGUGAGAGGAUUCUCACUCGACGUGCAUGCAGUUGCAGAGCUCUAUCGACCAAAGAAAAUGACUGCACCAUUUUGGGUAUCGGCAUUGCAGAAAGAUAUUCGAAAAACACCAAUACACACACCGCGACACAGUCGGCGGAGUUCAGCACAUUUAAUAUUUGCCCCAAAUUCAAAAGCAGCAUCAGUCGGGGGAUCAACAGCGGCUCAUGAUUUUACUGAUGGGUUUGAUUCUUCAGCGACAGCGUAUGAGAGUGGCUCGGGCACUGGUUACCGGAACGGAAGGAAAUACAACAGGACCAAAAGUGGACUAUCUGAAAUCGAAAGCAUCGGUGGUGAGCGCUACUGGAGCGAGUUUAAUGAUGCUACGGACAACGAAGAGGAGCCUUAUACAAUAAUCGUCAGUCGCAAAGCAUCCUCCGAUGAUGGGUUUGAUGAUGAUGACACACUUGGGGAGUUUAUCAAAAAAGGCUUUGUUUCUACAGGAAUCAAAAUACAAAGGUUCUUUAUCCGGAGCCCCGAGACGAGAGCAGAACGCCGGCCUCUCCUACGUAAACCAAGCAUGACAAGCUCUCUGUCUUCAGGCGAGGUUGAUGUGGAAACGGGAAUGUUAUUAAGUACUCGCUCUGCACACCGGCGCCGCGCUGCAUCUUCGCGGAACAGGUUUAGUGAUGUUUUUAACGAAACGAUUGAGGGUUGGGGUAUUGUAUCAAGCGAUGGUCAUUCAUUAGAUAAGCCUAAGGAAAGGCAAAGGGCUCGGUGCUCGACCGGAAGAUUCGUCAGCGUGUUGGGAGUCACGGCGAAAAGGGAUAGCAUAUAUCGAUUUAUUGUAAUAAUUACAUAUCCACACACGCAUGUAUAUACGAGCUCUAUGAAGCUGCCUGCAUUGGUAGAACCUGUAUGA